GUCACGUGAUCAAAACAGUGUCAUGGCGGCGUCCGCGGCGGUCCGGUCGGCCGUGAGUUUGACGCAGAGGUUUGUCCGAGUCUCACCGGACUGCAGCAUGUGUCCGCUCUACCGACUCAACGCGUGCGCGGGAGCCACCGACGGGUUUACCGCUCCGAACCGACGCCUGCGGACCAGCAUCGGUGUGUGUCAGGCUGAAGACAGCAGCUCACCGGAGGAGGACGAGAGAGUAGUGAACGUGGUGUACAUCGACCGCUCCGGACAGAAGAUUCCCGUGAGAGCGAGGGUCGGAGAUAACGUCCUUUACCUGGCGCACAAACACGGCAUUGAUCUGGAGGGUGCCUGUGAAGCGUCUCUGGCCUGCUCCACCUGUCACGUGUAUGUCAGCAGCGAACACUACGAGAAGCUUCCAGAGCCCGAGGAACGGGAGGACGAUAUGCUGGACAUGGCUCCGAUGCUGCAGGAGAACUCGCGUCUGGGUUGCCAGAUCAUCCUGACUCCGGAGCUGGACGGCAUGGAGCUGACGCUGCCCAAGGUCACCAGGAACUUCUACGUGGACGGUCACGUGCCCAAACCUCACUGAGCAGCAGGAUGAGGGUUCAUGACGGACCGCAAAGCACUGUGGGAUACGAUGCUGGACAAGCCUCUGGUUAAAGGCGGCGCGCCUCUGAGCUUCUGACCCGUUGAAUCCAGCUGAACUCGGAGCGCAGGUAUCUCCACGACUCCGGCGUGCUGCUCCUCAUCAUCCACAGAACACAGUAAAACUGAAAACUGUUUCUCUGUCUCUUUUCUUUUGUAUGAAUAAAACAAAGCCCUAUUUUGGGACCGUUAAGAUUUCCCCCUUCAUGUUUUUAAGGCAGAUGUUGUAAUUGAUUGAUAGUUUUGUAAUUCCCAUUAUCCUGGCUGCUCUGCAGCUAAAUAUUUCUGUAGUAGGAAAAAUGAAAGAAUGUGAAUGCUUCGUGAGCGGGCUUCAUUUUCUUCAUACAGUUCUUCUUGGUGUUGAGCUGGAGCUGAUCUCCACAAACUUCACCCAAAACAGAAACAUUCCACAGCACGAAUCAUUUCAGGUUCUUGUAAACGUCACCAUGUUCAGAGAAAAGCAGGGGUCAGUAGAUCCGCUCUGAUGAAGGAAGCUCUUGUAGAUCCAGCUUCUCUGGAGACGGAUGUGUUUUACAGUAGCUGCUGUUCUGUACUUCAUUACUAAUAACCACACAAACCUGUCAAACGCACAUCUCUCCUUUCUUGAAGUCAUGCGCACAAAUGAUUCAUCAGUCUGUAAACAAAUAAAUACAAAUGUCAUGCUUGGUUUUGAUGUAUGAAAUAAACAAUAGUGUGUCGCAA